AUGGUUGUUCGAGAAGGUUUGUGAGAUCUAUUUCGACAAAUUUUCAUUUCUGAUUAUUCAGGUUUUCUCAGCAAACUCACUCGUAGAGAUUAUGUUGUGCUAGGAAUUUUCGUAUUUUCAUUGGCCAUGCUUAUCGCGGGAUCCGUCAUGCUUGGAGUUGGAAUAAGCAAAGCGAAUAGUCAACGUGAUUUAUAGUUUUUUUCAACCUUAUCCAAUGAAAUUCAGCGAAUUGUCCGAGUUGCCCUGCAGUCGGCACGUGUCCAACAGCCACUGUCGCUCCGACCAGUGCCAGCUCUGCAUUCUUAUACUUCACCUCAUCUUAUGCAGCUUCUAUUGCUUGGGAUCCUGCGCUACAAGAUCCAAAUUCUAACCAAUUUAAGAGUUUGGCUGACUCACUUCAAAAAAAUGUGAGCACUCUACAGCCCCUGAUUGAAAAAACCGAGCUUAUCAGAUAUCGCAAGCCCUGUCGACUCAAAGUUUUCCAAACAAAGGCCUUAUCGAUGUGGUUGAAACGCCGCUCACAGUUUCAGUGAACGCCUUUUCGUAAGCGGUUUCAAUGAUUCAAGACAGAAGCCAUAAUCUUCUUGAGCUUUCAGAUUGUUAGGAAGCUUAGCAAUUGAAAAAAAAAUUGAUAAGAAGCUGAUAUCAGUUCAAAAUUAGUAUGUUUCGUCCUGGGAAGAUAAAAAAUUCGUGUGAUUUAUAGCAGAGAUAAGCACUGCAAAGUUGUUUCAGCGAUUCUGAUUUGAAAAUUAAAAAUGAAUAUAAGCCACGAUUUGAAUUACGCAAACCAUUGUUCAAAAAAAAAAUUCCAUAGCUGAUUCGAAAAAUUAAGGCAAGCCAAUCAAGCCGUGAAUUUCUACUCAACAAUUGUUUUCCCGGAUGCAAAUGUUCAAUCAAAUGAGCUACAAAACGCUUUGAACCAACAAGGAUUCGCAUCAAAUGUUUACAGUUGGUGAAGAGUUUGAAUAUAAUAAACAGUCAAUGGAAACAGCAAACCCUACCAACCAGUGCAACUCCUUGGCUCCUCCUCAAGCCGCUCCUACCACAUCCGCGCCACAGAAUCCAUCGUCUGUGCCUACAGACAUUCCUAUUUCUUCUUCCAAACGACCACUUCCUUCAGGAGGUUUUUUAUUUAUUGUUUCAAGAUAGGAAAAUUUUUUCAGUUUAUUGCGAUGCCUCUCAGGCUAAUUUGAGAAAUGUCUACCUCGUCGAUGUCGCAGUACCGACGUUUGGUUUCCUCGAUGUCAAGCUUUCGCAGGUUUUUUUUUUCCGAAGAAGCAUUAUGAAAUUGUGUUAAUAGCUACAAAAUUUCUUGACUUUGGCUGCGGUGUCGGCAAACUUGUCUCCAACUGCAUCUUGGGGCAAUGUUGAAUUCCGUUUAGUCGCCUACGGAGGAACAGAAGCGUGAUUCAUGAGACUGAUUGCAAGAAAAAAGUUCUAAUUGUUCUAGACAACCACUCGGAAGAGCCAAUGAUAUGUUGUCAUGGAAAAACAUCAUUUCUCAGCUGAACUCGUCAUUUGUGAACCCCAACGGUAACGACGUUCAUGCCUUGGCAGAGUGGGUUAAUAAAGAUAUAACUAUGAAAACUAUAAACGGAAAUCUCCGCUCUUCAAAAUUUAUCAGACUUACCUAUAUUAACCGGAAAAAUUCCUCAAAAAACCUCCUGACUCCAAAAUGUUCAGAGGACUGAGAUAUGUUGCAAGCAAUUAUGUUACUCAAGUUGGAACUGCUUCGAACAUUAUCAUUGUAACCGACGGAUAGUGAGUUUUUGCCACAUCACUAUAAUUAUUUUUCUCCAUUUUCAGCGACUUUUCGGAAAAUCCCAAUCCUUACGCUGCCGCCCUGAAAUCACAAUACUACACUAUCGGUGCGAUUGUGGCUACUCAAUCACAAUUAAUAAGGUUAUUAUGCUCCUCUCACUCAUUAGAAACGGUUUUUCAGUAAUGCAAUCCAGCAAGUGACAAGCGAUUACUCCCACACUUACGUGAUUGACUCUUUCUCGUACCUUCAAAAUUCGGCGAUUCUGCAAACUCAAGCAAUGUGGAUUUGUAAUGGUUUUUCAAUUAAUUUUUGAAUUGAAAGCAAAAAACGAAUACAGCGUUUUAUCCUACCCCGGCACCAAAAACGCCGGCUCCAACCAGGAUUCCUUUAAAAACCACGUCGUCAGCUUCUACUACCCGUCCUGCUCCCAGAACGACUCUAAGUCCGGGAACACCAACAGGUGGAAACUCCUCUCCUUGCAGUUGAUAAUCGAAAACUUCAGUAUCGGAAUGUUCUCUGAAUGUUCUUUUCUUGAUUGACGAGUCUCAAGUGAUGCUGAGCGACGGUUACAGCGUAAGCGAGACCAAUCUGGAUCAAGCUUUCAUUAAUCUUCAGCAAUCUUUGACCUAUGCUACUCAAUUGUCUCAGACUUUGAGUGUUUGGAAUUCCGCGUCCACUUUCGCAUUCAUUACGUUCAAUGAUGUAAUCACCUAUACAUCCGUGAGUGUUCAACUGAUUAACUUCAAAAACUUCGAUGGUUCUCGAAAAGUUGGAGAAAAUGGAAUUAUUUCUCAAAGGUUUUUUUUUACAACUAAGAUUAUUGCGGUCAUUUCACAGAAGACGAGAUCCUUUUAAUAAAUCUCACGAAAUAAAUCAAAAAAAAAAUUUUCAGUUAGUUCAACUCAUACUGAAAAAUUUUCAACAUAAGAAAAGGUCAGAAAGCAUGUUUUUUUUUGAGGGAAAGGUACUUGUAUUUUCAAAAACUAUUGGCAUUUUUUCUUCGAAUUUUCUCUUCACAACGCAAAACAUGAGGCAAAUGAUACUCAGUUUGCAAAAAAAUAAAAAAAUAAAUCUUGUUUGGUAUUCAAAACUUGAAUAUCGCACUACAGUUUUUUAUGAAGAGAUUGUCGUAGCAGCAAUAUGAACUCACUCUUUCAGGCUAACUACCAAAACGUGACACAGUUCGCUCUCGAUUUGCAAAACGCUCCACAAACCUCAGGCGGGACAAAUAUACCUCUGUGAGUUGGUAAUCAUUUUUGAGUUGAAAUUUCCUUUUCAGCGCAUUCAAUGCAUCUCGAACUUUUAUUUCUGCUCAUUCCCAGUAUUCAAACUCCAACACACGCUCGGUUCUUAUCUUCGUUUCUCAUGGGUAUCAAGCUCUCCUCGAACUGUGACCGAAAAGUUUUCAGUGUGGAUAAAAUGUCGGCCGUCAAUCAAUCCAUUCCUAUUGUGCACGAUUUGAGAUCUAACUACCAAACUCAAGUUGUUGCCGUUGGUGAGAAGGAUCCUUUGGAAAUGAUAUCUUUUCUCCUCAAGACAUUCAACAAAACGAUGAUCUCAUGAAGAAAAUCAUCGAGUACAAUGUGAAUGACGGCUACGUUCCCUCGACAUUCAUUGGUCUUUCUUCGACCAACGAUUUGACACAAAUGUCUCUGGUUAACAACACUAUCUUCUUGUUGCAGUGCAAGGGUACUUUCGAAAUAAUUUUUUUUCAAGUUAAUUGAACAUUCCUACAGGAGGAAAUCAAUGUGGAAUCGAUCUCACGUUUGUCAUUGAAGUUUCUGAAAUAGAAACGAGUAAUUAUGUCGCUGUGGUUUGAAAAGUGUUUUUCUUUUUUUUUCAAAUGAAUCCUUUUACAGCAAAAGAAAACUGCCAUGAAUAUUAUCAACGCUUACAGAAGGUUGAAAAAUGUUUAUUUUUAUUUUAUUCUAAGUUUCAGCAUGAUCUCUCCUUUUGGAAUGAGUGUUUCAUUCAUAUACUUCUCAACUCCCCUUAAUUCUAGUAUUCCUGCUAACUCAGGCGUCUUUUUCCAGCAAGUGAGACUGAGUUCUAUUCUGAAGUUUUUUGAAUAUGCAUUUUGAAGCUUACUGAUCCUGAUCAAGCUGUGAACGCCCUCACUAAUCAGCUUUUCCCCGUUGGUGGAGCUACUGACCUUGAUACGUUAGAUUUAAAAAUCCGAAAAAUUGGAAUAAAAUUCUCUCGAUUCAGAGCUUUCAUCUUGACAGCAAGCAGUCUCUCGCAGGCAACGUUUCAAAAAAGCAAAUACGUAUUGUUCUUCGCGCGUGGAAAGUAAACUAGCUUCCAAAUGUUUGGGUCGAGUUAUUCCUUUCCAGUUACGACCAUUUCGCAAACUGCUGUCCGGAUCCAACGGUUGAUGCGGCCCUUGUUCGAAGUAUGAGCACUGUACAAGGAGUAGUCAUAGGGUGAGGUCAAAACAGUAAAAAAAAACAAUGGAAACCUUGAUUUAGACCAAAUUCUAACAAGCAGCAAUUGGACUUUUUCACUGGAUCAAAUAGCCUCGAUGCCAAUAGUUUAAUCAGCAAUUUGGACGUUUCGGUUUUCCAUAUUGGAUUCGGAUCAUCUGAUUGUUUUUUCUCAGACUCAAUCGACUGCUGCAGCAGCGGUUAUUUCAGCCGCCAUACAACCUUUAUUCGACUCUUUCAUCAACUCGCAAAUUUGCAACUCGAUUCCUGACUACGGUUUAGUGAACGUUUAUUCACCAACCAGAAAGUUUCCAGUUGCUCCUUGUCAAAAUCCAAUCGAUGUCAUCAUCUUCCUUCAUGCGAAGACAAGCGAUUCUUGGACUAAAGUAAGAAAAAAAACCAGUAUUAUUUGUAAUAGGAAUUUUCAGAUUUCGAAUUUCACUGGAUCCGAAUUGCUGCCUGGACUUCUGGGAAGCCCUCUCUCCAGAAGGUCGCUGACGACUGCGUCGCCUAUCAACCUCGCAAUCGUUGUGUAUGGGAACCUGGGUGGAAACAUUGUACGUUUAGCAUUGAUACGUUUUCAUCUUCAUUGAAAAAAUGAGUGAACUAGGCAAAAAAAAUUCAGCUCACCGACUUUUCACUUCUUCGUUCGCCGCAAGAUUAUUCCUCACUUUUGGCAACAACUCCGUUCUCUCCAGUUGUGGGCACUCCGACAUUAUCUUGGUUGGAAAACUUCUUCUUUCAUCAUGCACACUUCAUUUUUAGGGCUUACAAGAAGGCAAACGAGCUUUUCCUCAACGGUCGAACAUAUGCCAGCAGAAACAUGAUUGUCAUUUCCGACGAUUUACAGUAAGGAGAGAUCACGAAGUUUGAAUAGUUUUUGGAUUUGGAUAUGCUGACAACGACAAUGCACAAAGCGCUCAUGACAACUUGGUUAUGCAGUUUGGUGGAUUCACAACCGCCUUGCAAAUCGACACGUUGAGCGUCCCCGGAGCAGAUUACACACAAAACGUGUCUAUUUCCCAGGUUUCUCAAUUCUAAAAGUUCUGUUAAUAAAUAUAAGAAGUAGAUCGACUCUCGUAAUCCUUUCGCUCGCAGAAAUGUAGCGAAUGCUCUUGCCAGCAACACCUGUACCUACGCACCUUUGCAAAGUAUGUUUUCAAAAUUCUCGAUCUUUGAAACAAAAUUCUUUCAGCCCCUGGGACUACUAUGAAGUCAACCACGCCUACUCUUCCCGGCCCGAUUCCACUCGUGAAAGCCAGAAGCGUGUGGCCAGAUAUUACUAUUUUGAUUGAUACCACAUCCUACAAUGAGAGCAGUCCAUAUCUAAUGAAUGGCGAACGCUUCGAGAAGGUCUGAGAAAAUUUUAAAUUCGAGAACAAAUUAAUGCUAGAUACGACAAUUUCUGGACGUCUUUUUGUCUCAAUACUCUGUGGGAGAAAAGUUUUCUCGCUUCACUAUCGCUACAUUUGAUGGGACCGUAACUUCUGUUUCUUGCACUUUUUCACAGGUAAAUAUUGCUCAAUUAAGUUAAAACAAGGCCUUUAGACUUCAAACUACUAUGAUCUGAGCACAUGCAGAAAUGAGAAGCUUUCGUUCUAUUCACGAACACAUAGCAGCACCCGCGACAUCAAUCAGUAUGUGAAAUGAGAGACAAUAAAUCUAUCAUUGUUUCAGAGCUCUAAAAUACUUGCAACAAAACAUUUUCGUCCCGAAUUCUGGCUAUCGUUCGCUGAAUGAAAACUUUUUGAUCAUAUUCACAAUGGGAGUGUGAGUUUCUGAUUAUUUUUUUGAUCAAGUAUUUUUACCAUUUCAGAUCAAGUACGCCGUUUACCGAUACUCUAGUUCAACUGCAAAGACAGGGAGUACGAACAGUGGCUGUUGGGUUGUCCAGCAAUUUAACAAAUGCUCAAAUCAGUGGUUUUGGUCAGAAAAAUUAUUUGGUUAGUGUCAGUGGAGAUGAGAAAGAAUAUUGGGCUCAACCAGGUGCCACAAUGGGACGGUACCUCCAAUGGCAUCGAUUCUAGCAACACCAGCGUUGCGCUGGCCGAUCGACUUGUGUCCAUCACAACUAAAAGAAGUACGGAAGCUUUCGAGUGAAUCAGCGGUUUUUUUUCUUGAGGGAGUCCGUCAACGUCCAACUUCUUUGCCAACGUCUUCGUACUCGUCGAUCAGACUCUUUCGACGCAGAGUGAUCAGCCGAAUGUGGUUCAAUUUGUUAAGAGUUUUGUGAAACAAUUCCAAGUUGCCAGUCAAAAGUUAGCACUCUACUCGCAAUAUAAGAAAAAAUUUUUUCUAGAACUCAAAUCAGUGUCGUUCCGUAUGAAAUGGACGUCAUCAAUCCGUUAGGACUAACUUCCAGCCAAACAGUGAGUCAAGUAGUCUGGAAAGUUUAUCAUAGGUGAAGUUCAGCAAGUAGACCAGUGGCUGAGCAAUUGGACGCCUACGGUAUCUCAGAGUAACACAGCCGACUUCAGAAAACUUGCGGAUUACUUGGGUCCCGUCCUGGCCGCCAACACGGAUCGACCAUCUUAUUUAGUUUAUGUGAUUGGUUCAACUAGGUUUCCUUUCUUGAAAGUUCGAAAAAUCUGAUUUCUCGAAUCUAAGCGUUCAAAAUGUGAAUUCUCCGCAAUUCUUGCUCAACAGCAAUGUCAUGGGUUUUGUGGCUCAGUAUAACCCCAACGUCAACUAUUCUUCUCUGCUGGCAUCCCCAAACAGCGUUUUCUCGUGAGCUUCCAAGAAAUCGGAAUGUGUGAACUUUUCAAUACCAUUUCAUUAAGGGUGUAUAACAGCAACGAGUUACUUGAUCAAGUUAACUCUUUUACCGAUGCGUCCAAAAACCCGAUCGUUUCUCUUUACAACAGCAUUUUCUCAGGUAAGCAAAAAGUACAAGUGAACAUCAAAUGAAAAAUUUUCAGCCCAAGAAGCCAAAAACAGCGCCAACUUCCCGCUCGUUGCCGUAUCAGCGGAUAUUGUGCUUCUGGUUGAUGAAACUGGAAUAAACGCCACACAGUUUGAAAUCGUCAAGAGCUAUCUAUCCGACUUCACCUCGAAGUUCUCUGUCGGAUUUUCUUCUACGCAGUUUGCUCUCCAAGCUUACAACGGCAGAACCAUCGCCCAUGUAUGAAAAACGGAUAAACUAAAGCCUUGGAAAACUAUUUCAGGAAGGCUUCCAUUUUUCGCAGUCCACUGAUGGAGACACAGUCAGAAGAUUCAUCAGCCAGUUGCGGCUUGAACAAGCGACAGAAGGGACCACCGACGCUGAUUUAGCCGGGUUGGGAUAAUCUGCUAAUUUCCCAACGUAGUUCUUUGCAGAGCAAUCGUCGAAGAGAAAACCUACUUCCUCACAAAAUCCGAUGGAUGGCGAGAUGACGCGACCACUUUUACAGUCAUUUUCUCACAUGCCGAAAGGUUGACCGUUGUAGUCUUUUAUUUUCAAAAUCAGUUCGAAAAAUCAAAAAAUUGGGCUUUAAAAAUAAUUUUCAGUUUUUACAACGACACUACUGAUUCGAGAGAAAACGCUGCAAAAGGCAUCAAAAAUGUUUCUGAGGUAAUUGGUUUCGAAUUACUGGUAUACUUGAAGUCGCCCUCAAAUUAGAAUUGCAGUUACUCUUAAAUGAACAUUUUUGAUUGAGAGCUUUUCCAUUCCAAGACACAUAAUUUUUCUAAAUCGGGUCUUUUUUCAUAAUUGGCUAUGCGACUGCAGCAUUCUGAGUCAUUCCUAGGGCGAUAAAAAAUUACAGAAAUUUUUGUUUUCACUUCUUUUCAGUUGCAAUUCCAAUAUUGAGGUUUUCGCGAUUGGAUAUAAUGGCAAAACGUACGAUUAUGUUAAACAAUUCCUGACUGGCGCUGUCCCAUCCUACGGAACAGUGGAUUCUCCAGAAAACUUGAAGAUUGACAGUCCAGCCAGUGUUCAGCUUUUGAGCACCAUCAAAAAUGGUUUUUUAUUCAUUUUUAUCAAAGAAGAUGAUAGAGAAAUUUUGUAGACUACAGACAACAAGUCUAUCCACCAGCUCCACCUCUCAGUUCCUUGACUGAUGCCGAUUUCAUUUUCUUACUUGACGCUGCUAUCGGAACACAAGGAAUGACAAACGUGAUUUAUGCAUGAUUGGUAAAAAUUAUAUUUCCGGGUUCAGGUGAAAAAUUUUUUGAACAACUUCAUUUAUCAAGUCGGCGACUUCACUUAUGGCAACUCUUCUCGUCUUUCUUUGAUAACCUACGACGACUCGGUUUGUCAAAAAAAAAAAUAACCGUAAUGAUAAUUCUCAGGGUGUACGUCGACCUUAUUGGAACUUAAAUGACCAACUAAAUCUUGCGAAGAAAAUAUCCAACAUUACUCUCUACCCAUCUUCUUUAUCGAACAGCAAUUUGAGGAGGUGUCUUGUUCAGGAGAUUCGAAAACUAAUAUAUUUUUAGUGCUCUUGAAUUUUUCUUGGCGGAUGAAUCGCAGUUUGGAGUGAAGUCAACGCGUCAAACCUACGUGACUUUGUUUGCAGGAGCGCCGACGUAAUUAUUGAAAUCCCGCUUACAGUACCGUCAGAAAAGAUACCAAAAAACGGCCUUUCAGUCCCAACUUUCUUGAAAGACUUCAAACAUUCAGUAACUUUCUAGGAUUGUGAUGAGUGUUAUUUUUAAUACUCUGAUCGUUUCAGCUCACAAAAAACGCAACUUCAGAAACUUUCCGGAAAAUUAAAUUUACUACAGUAAAGUUGUGACCAAAGUCGCGUUUUUUCGCAUUUUUUCUGACGGUACUGUAACUGAUAGAGCUUUUUUCAGAAUCAGUCCUUUUAUUGACAUCGCUCUGACAAAAAAGCUGAACACCCGCUACUCUACGUUCACCAUACAAACAAACCAGAAUACCCAAGAAUUUUCUUACAUUCCGCAGGUUUUCAAUAAACCCCGACCUCUUAAAAUUAUUUUUUGCAGUUUCUCGGUUCAACUCAAGACGACAGAUUUGCUUAUAGUUUGAGUAUAGCUUUCACUGACAAUUCCCUCAAUAGUUACAAGAGUUGGUUACAAUCCGGUAUGAUUUUUCUGUUUUCGAAAAUACCGAUCAAUUCAGAAUAUUCCGCCUGGAAGACGACGUUUUUACAAUAA